AUGUCAAUCCAUAAUAAGAUCCAACAGGCAGCCCAUCAGAAUGAACAACUCCUUCGCGGGCUCGAAGAAACAGAUGCCGCACCCUCACAGCUCAAGCAGCAGAUCGCCUACAUCGCUGACCUCGACUCGCAAAUCAACAACACCAGAAAGCGCGUCAACGAUCUGAAGAAGAGAACGGCUAGUGAGCUGAAAGAUCACGAAAAGUAUCGCGACUCCACUUUCCGCCGUUUCGCACACAAGGCUAGCGGCAAGAAGGAGAAGUUCGCCGAGAAGGCAGCAAAGGAAGAAAAAGAGUACUUCGAUGCAAUCCAGGAGCAGAAGAGUGCCGAAGAUGAGCUAGCAUACGUCAAGCAACUACGCGACGAAGCCGAGAUACGCAAAAACGAAAUCACAUCGCAAGCCAACCGUCACGACACCCUCCAAGCCGAACUCGAUGCCCUCUACAACUCAAUCUUCGCCGGCCAUACGCCCGAAUUUCCUGAUGAGGAUCGCAAAGAGGAAGCUUGCAACGCCGCCUCCGCACAAGUUCAGAACCUGAACCAACGCCUCGAGCGCGAACGCCACGUCCUCUUCCUCCUCGGACAAACCGUGGUGAAGCUCUCGGCAGCACGCGAAUAUCUCGAUGGCGCAUACGGCAUGAGCCAAUACGACAUGUUCGGCGGUGGAACAAUGGCCAGCAUGCAGAAGCGCAACUACCUCGAGCGCGCAGAGAGCGCUAUACAGCAGGUGCGCAUGCUACAACAGCAGGUCAAGCAAGCCGCGCCAGAGAUACCUGGGCUGGGGCAACUCAACAUCGCCAUGGGUAGCAUCUGGAGUGAUGUCGUGUUCGACAACAUCUUCACUGACAUGCAGAUGCACGAUCAGGUUAAGCAAUCUAUCGUACAGGUUGACCGCGCAGGCAACAAGUGCAGUGACAUUAUCAGGCAGCGCGAGGUGCGGGAGAAGAGUCUGCAAAGGGAAGUGGAUCAGGCAAAGUCAAAGUUGCAACAUGCGCGGUUGGAACUACAGCAAGCGCGUGAAGAAGCCUUCAGGAGGGUACUUGGUGGUGCGCAGGGAAACGCUGGUAUGGGGGGUUUUGCGCCUCCUGGUGGUGAAGCUCCUCCGCCUGAGUAUGCUCCACCAGCAGGCCCUCCACCCGGAUACCAGGCUUGA